CAGGUCCUUCCAGAGCUCAGCCAUGUCCACCAGCACCCGCAGCCACGCCGGCAGCCAGCAGCUCCCGGGGAACUGCACCCUGGAGAAGGCCCUGAAGACCGUGGUGGAUGUGUUCCACCAGUACAGCAUCCGCCAGGGCGAGGCCGACCUCCUGAACCUCAGCGACUUCAGGACGCUGCUGACGGAGCAGGCGCCCUCCUUCCUGGGGACCUGCAACAGGAACCAGGCUGGCUACCUGGACAAGCUCUUCCAGGAGACCGACCUGAACAAGGACAAGGAGCUGAGCUUUGAGGAGUUCACCAUCGUGCUCAGCAAGCUGGCCGACGACGCCCACCGCAUCAGCCACGGCUCCGACCGCUGCGGGCCGGACCAGGACUGAGCCCGGCGUGGGAAACGGAGAGGGGAGCUUCGGGAAUUGGGCUCUGGCUGCUCCCGGCCUGCCUGGAACAGCCCCUGGAGCAGC